CACAAUGUAUUGACCAACCUGAUCCAACUCAACCAAGUAAGAAACUGGCAUCAAAGUGUUCAAUGCUCAAUUGCACAAUUCAAGAUCCAAUUCGAUGUGAAAAAGUAAAAUCCUCUUUCGAAGAAGCAGGUCGUAUAAUAUCAUCAACUUUAAUAUUAAAUACACCAAUUUUAAUCAAUGCAAUGUUUCAUAGUAUGGAAAGUCCUAAAAUUUUAGGAGCCGCUGGACCUUUCAGAUCAAUGCCAAUGAAAGAUGAUGAUGGAUUUGAAAGAUUGUAUCCACAAUCUUUGGUUAAACAAUUUCAACUAGACGUGCAUCCUGAAUUUGCUCCUGUUGAUAUUGUUGCCGACUUCAAUUCAUUGGUUCCAUUUUGGUUCGAAGGUGACCCUCCGAUCACCAGUAUACAAACUGGGUUCUUGGAAUUAAUUUUACAUGAAUUGAUGCAUGGGCUUGGAUUUGCUUCGGCUUGGAAUGAUUAUAUUAAUGACGACGUUGUUGUAGCUGCUACUCCUGAAAUUGUUGGUCUUACAACCGAAACUACGUUACCAGAUUCGAGUGCAAAGUUUGUCUUUAAUGGAUUUCAAGAAAGAGUUCUCGACAAAUAUUUAUUCCUAUUGCCAGAAAAUAAAUCGACCUCAUCUUACGCAAGCGAACUAAACAAAUUUGCUGAAUUUGGAACGACCUAUGAAAAUGUUUCCGUAUUCUUGAACCAAUUUGUUACCUCACCGCAAUAUUUAGUUGCCAAGGAAAUCUUUGGUUAUUUCAUAAUUCCUAAAGAUCUCGUUUUCAAACCGAGCGUUAGCGAUAAAGAAGAGGAUAUGACUUUUUUAGAAACUUCUCUAAAUCCUUUUCUACCAGGUUCUAGCAUUUCUCAUGUUGAUAGUAAGACGUAUACAAACACUAGCGAAUUUUUGAUGACUUUUUCUCAAGAAAAUGGUCGAACUCUCAAUGACAACAUUCGAAUAGGUGGAAAUUAUUCAGGAGGAGCUAUAGGUUAUAAACUCCGUCUAAUUCUAGAAAGCUUAGGGUAUGCUACAAAUGAGAACCCUAACCCGUAUAAAUCAUUCCCAAUUGAAGAAUAUGCCGUAUCUUCGUCA